UGCAAGGAAAUUAGAUGAUGUUUCAAUAAAAGUGAAUACACUGAAAUUCAGAGAUACAGCAAGGAAUUACUAGUAUCUCUGGCAGCUAAUCUCUUUUCUUUAUAACAUUAAUUUUUAUUCUUAUCAAAGUAUAUGUAGAAUUUAAAAAAUUAAAUAAUGCUGCCAGGCUUAUGAAAAACUGUCAUCCUGCCUCACGCCUCCCACCUUCCAGUCCUGCUUCCCUCAGAGCUCUUUAAUAAUGUUCUCCACAUUUCGCAAUAAUGUAUUUAGUUUGGUCUUUCUUAUUUUCAAUCUUGUCCUUUGUAUGUUGACUUGAUUUAUGAUACCUGAAGACUUAACUCUUGUACAACUUCAUCCCAUACCAUAUUAUUUUUCCAUUCCCCAGUUCCCCUAAAUACCGAUAACACUGUUAAAAGUAUGAUUUUUGGGUUAAAUUUAUUUUUAAUGUUUAUGGUAUUUCAGUUAAAUACAUCUUAAUUUCCAAUUGCAACUACAACAAAUUACUGACUCAAUCUCUUAAAAUAAUACAGAUUUAUUAUCAUAUAGUUCUGGGGAUCAAAAGUCUGAAAUGAAUUCUAUGGGGCUAGACUCAGAGUCCAUUUUUCUUUUGGAAGUUCUCUGGGAGAAUCUGUUUCUUCCCCUUUGUAGCUUCUAGAGGCUACCCUUAGUCCCUGGUCCUGGCCACAUUACCCAACCUUGGCUUCCACUGGUGCUGUGUCUGACUGACUCCCUUGACUCCCUCCUCCCCUUUGUGAGAAUUCUUGUGAUUACAUUGAAUCCACAAGACAAUAUAGAUGCUCAUCUCAUCAACAAAGUUCCACUUGCUUUGUAAGAUAAUAUAUUUUUAGGGCCUGGGGAUUGCAACAUCUUUAGAGGAGCCAUUAUUUGCUGUCCAUAACGUGGGUUAUUUGUGUGUACAUUUUUCCACCAAUCAUAAUGACUUACUUUAUAACUUUGCAUUUUUCCUGGAGUUAAUAAUUGGGGUAUUUUUCCCUUUGCUAGAUUUUAUGUAGCCGUCUUGGAUCCUUUCCAUAUUCUGCAGAAGAGCGAGGAUGCCCUAUUUUUACUUUCCACACUAUCAAAUGCAUCAGAUAGCCUAUUGCUGAGUCUUCUUUGAAGUGGCCUCCUGAGCUCUCUACUUUGUGGUCCCAGCUGGACGGGGGCUCUGUGGCCUGCUGCAUGGCAGCAGCCUUUUGGGGACUCUCUUUCACCAUGGUUUCCAUCAUUCUGCUGACUCCCUUCACCUCUCUCCAUGUACUGCCCUUUCCUUGAUCUCAUGCAUUUCUUGAAUGGUUUAAUUCUUGACUCAGUUGGAACACACACUCUUCAGUUUCUUGAGAAGAGGUGUGCUGGUGGUAAAUGUGACACCUUAGAUAUCUUAAAAUAUCUUUAACAAGCUGUGUGAAUGCCAGUGAUAAACCCUCUGACUAGCAGGAAAAGGCCUCUGUUGUUUGGAGAGAAAAGAAGAGGAGCAGGAAAGGGGAGGGGAGAGGCUAAUGAGAAUAUGAAUGAGUGAGAGAGACAAUGAAUGAGAGAGAGAUGUGUGAAAGAGUGGAAGAUGCUUCUGUCCUGAUCUUUCCUCAUCAGGGCCCCCCAGCACAGAAUCAUGUCCAUCAUUUUUUCCCCCUCUCUCAUGUACUGGCUACAGGAAGAAGUUUACUACAUGUCCUUCAGUGGAUGAUCAUAUGCAGGCAGCCUCAUGUUACCUGCCUUGUAAAAUGAUGGAGAGUCCUUAGAAACCAUUAACCAGCUUCAAAUAAAGUCCUGGUUGAAAAGCUAAUUCUAUUUAUUAAAAGAACCACCCCCCCCCCAAUCAAACCAGUUUCUUACAUAUCAGCAUCUAGAACAUGAAUCUGAUUCCCCCUUUGAUUGUACCCUCCUCCUGCUUUACCCAAUGAUUCAGUUCUUAUGAACCAAACUUAAGUGCGGUUCACCUUUGCAUCCCCAUAAUGCCUUGCAUUAUAAAAAUGUUGAAUAAAUAUUUGUUGAGUGACUGUCUAUCACACACGGGUUUCUUGAUGUCCAUCAAAUGAGCCAGGCUUGUUCCAGCUUCAGAGUCUUUGCUAUUGCUGUCCCCUUCCCUCCCUGACACUUCAUGGGCUGGCAGACUUCUCUGUUGAGAGCCACAGCUGAAGGGGCCCCAGCAAACUUUCAGACUGCCAGCUGAUGAUUGGCUCACAGCGCCCCAGCAACAUCUAGCUGAUUGGCUCCUCUGCGGUGAUGCUCAUUGGGCUGUUUCCUCACCCUUUCAGACUGCCAGCUGAUGAUUGGCUCACAGCGGCCCCAGCAACAUCUAGCUGAUUGGCUCCUCUGUGGUGAUGCUCAUUGGGCUGUUUCCCUGCCCUUUCAGACCAUGGAGCUGCUCAUUGGGGGACUUUUUUGGCUCUGCCCACGGGACCCAGCCAAUCGGCCUCAAGAGCAGGAGGAUUGUGGGAGGUGGAGAGGCUUGGGGUGGUGGGAGAGGCUUGUGGGAAGCUGGUGGUGGCAGUUGGGCUCUGAGGGUUUUUCCUGAGGAGCUGUUUUGUUUGGCGUGUGUGGUUCUAAAAAUAAAGUUCGUUUCUUUUGACAAGUGGCUCCUGAAUCGUGCCCAGCCAGACUGCAGCACUUCUCCCUGCCAAUGAAGUUUGCAUACCAGUGUCCUCAGAUCUGUGAUCCAAAGACAUCUUCUAUUCCCUGACUCUCUGUUGCCCUGUGACCCUGCAUUAUCAGAAAUGAACUUAUCCUAUUUAUUUUCUUGAAUUAAUGGACUCUAUCAACAUGCCGCUCAGUCUCAUCCACCGCUGUAUCUCUUGCACCCAAAGCAUGUAUUGCUGAAUAGAAUUUUUUGAACAAAUAAUAUCAGCUAUUGAAAAUGAUAGUGUUCAUACUUCUAUUCAACUCGUACUAUGUGAUAAACCUAUAUGUGAUAAAAGUACAGUACACAUUCACCUUCUUUGAAAGUUUUCUUCAACUGUGCUUGUCUUUGAAGAAUAAUAGAUAAUUGAAGACAGGAAGUGACGGUCACUUUCACUCUUGGUUCUAUAUUUUGCAUAUUUCUUGUAGAAUCUUUUUUUUUUUUUUUUUGAUACCAGGGAUUGAACUCAGGGGCAGUUGGCUACUAAGCCACAUCCCAGCCCUAUUUUGUAUUUUAUUUAGAGACCAGGUCUCACUGAGUUGUUUAGCCCAUCACUUUGGCUGAAGCUGGCUUUAAACUCAUGAUCCUCCUGCCUCAGCCUCCUGAGCAACUGUGAUUAUAGGCUUGUGCCACCACACCCAGCUCCUUGUAGAAUCUUGAGUCUAGGGAAGGGCAAGUAGGUGUGGGUCUGUGACUAUCCUGUGGAAGGAACUUUUGGAGGCUUGAUGAGGUUCCUCUUCAAUUUUUUGCUAGAAAAAAAUUCAAACAUACUAAAGUAGAAACAAUGGUAUAAUCAACCCAUCACCCAGAUUUAAUAAAUAGUAACCCAUAGCCAGUUUUGUUUUAUAUUUAUUAUCUUUUAUUCCCCCUUCCCAGAUUAUUUUGAAGCAAACCCUACACAUAUUAUUUCAUCUAUGAAUAUUUUUGUAUAUUGCUCUGAAAGAUAAGAAAUUAAAAGUGAUCAUGAUCUAAUAUUAUACUUAAAAAUAAUUGAUGAGUUUCAUCAGGUAUCCAUACUGUCUAUUUGCAUUUGUAUAUAUACAUAUUUACAUACACAAACAUAUAUUUAGUGCAAAAGGCAUUAGUGUGUAUAAUAUCUGCAUUAUACUGAUUCUUUUCAGUUUUAAUCAGUUUCUAAGUGGUUUUUAGUUGCCUGUAGAUCUUUUAUUUACUUAUAUGCAGUGCUGAGGAUUGAACCCAGGGCUUCACACAUGCCAGGCAAGUGUUCUACCACUGAGCCACUACACCAGCCCCGAUUAUUUUCUAAAUAUUAGAUUAUGUGUGUGCAUUCCAUUUCUGUGAUAUCAGGACCCAUAAAAAGUUCGGACUUUGCAACUGUUGUUGUCAUUCUUAAUCUUUAAAUUUCCUUCCCAUCCCCCUGAACCCAUUAAAAAUUUUUAGGAAACCAGUCAUUUGUUCUGAUUUUCACUUCUAGCUUCUGUUGAUCUCUGUGAUAUUUCUUAACAUGUUCUUUGGCCCUGUGUUUGAGGCCGAUACUUGAUUAUAUCCAAGAGCAAUGUAAAUUUUUGGUAAGACUAAUUCACCUACCUGUGUUUCCUCAAGGGAAACACAAUGCCUGGUGCCUCUAUUCUGGGUGUCUUCAUGCAUUGAUGAGCAUGGCUCAGAUAGACUGCUUUAUUUGGGUUUGAAAAUUGUGGUAUCCUCCGUCUGUCAUCCCUUCCUUAUUACCAGUGAGAAUGCCUCUCUAAAGAAAAUCACUUCCUCAUCUAUGAGAUGCAGUUCAUAGGGAAAGCAUGAAGAUGCUUGAUUCUCCUCCUUUUGAACUUUUCCAUAUCAAUGGGAUAAUUCUCUAACAUCCUCCAAAAGUGAUCCUGCUAUCUUCAUUCCCUCCCAUAAUUAUCUCAUUUUUGUUUCAUAUUGUGAAUGAGAGAAAAGUUGUUUGGGUUUUGGUCAAAAGAGUAACAUGUUUGAGAAAAGAUCACUCUGGAGUUUGUGUCCCAUAAAGUGUAGAGGGGUGCCAGGGAGGAAGUGGAGGGAUAAGUUAGGAGGGAAUUAAUCUAGCUAAAAUACAACAUAUCUUGGAUCAGGGUGGUUUAGGUGGUGAGAUUCUGCAUAGUUUUCAUCAGAAGAAAGCUUAUUUGUGGACAGGAGGGUGUGAGGAGAAGAUAAGUUUGCUUUGGGAUAUGUUAAAUUAGGGAUAUUACAAGGAAAUCCAUGUGAAAGUGUUUUGUGGUUAAUACACUUAAAAUCUGUGUAUAGAAGUCUAUUGAAUUAUAUCCUAACAUGUUUCCUGAAGUGCAGUGCUUCCUUAAAAGAAUGUGAUGAUUUAACUCUAUUGCUUUGGUAUUGAUAACUGAUUUUUUUUCUUUUAUCAUCACUUGCAUAACAGUUAUGCUUUCAAACCUUCCCUGACUUUCCUAAGUUGAUCCCUCAUUCUUUGUAUUCCCUAAUAUCUUUGUGAUUUCUUCUUGUCAUGCUUCUUUACACUAAAUUCGACUUAUUUUAUACAUUUCUGUCUGUUUCCUUAUGGAGCAGUGACUAUCCAAUGACUGCAUUUCUAGUACAGAUUGUUGCCUCUAAAAGGGGAGCUGGUUAGUUCUGUGCACUUGGCAACUAGUUACUAACAAAUAUCACAGAGAAAAUUGGCAGAGAAGGGUUUAUUUAGUAAAGGGUUCUAGGAAUAUCAUAUAAACCUCCACUAGCCCAUGGUUACCUUGGUAAAGUUAGAAACAGGUGGCUCUCAAGGUCACGUGACACUGUGAAAAUGAGAAAAAUGGGAGUAAAAGCAGCACAGAGCCAAGUGGAGGGUUGGCAAAGUGGGGAGAAGGCUGGCUUUCAGCCUCUGUUUUUCCCCUCGCCAGCACCCUUGUGCAGCAUACACGGAAUAACCACACAUGGCAUUCCUGCCUAUGAAGGUCUCUGAGAUAAGAGUAAGCACUCUAGGGUCUUUUAUCCUGGCUUGGCUUCUAGAUCUGUGGAAAGAUAGAGUUUGACUGCCACAGCCUUUGAAACAACUACUUAAACAUUAUCACUUCACUCAGGUGCUAUGCUGUGUUUGUGUGUGUAUGUGUGUGUGUUUGUACACACACGCAUGCACGUGAAGCCUUUUAAAUGCUUGAGAAUUAGAAUUCUUGAUAAACUUGAGUUCUAAUUUGUUCCAGUGUUUCUUCUCAACAAACCAAUGGUUGCCAAAUUUUUAAAGCAUUUUAAAAUGCAUUAGAGGAAGUGAGUCAGAUGUGUUCUUCAUAUACAACAAUGGAAGUACACUUAGUUCCAACUCAUGAAUACUGUGAAAAAUUGCGUUUUUUGAAUAAAUACAGGAUGAAACUUUCAGGCUUUCAAAGUAUAGGUUGUCUCUUUCCUUCCUAAUCACAUUAGAUUGCUUCUGUAAAGUAUGGAACACUGAGAUGUUCUUUAAAGCCAGCUUUUCAAAAACAGAGACAUGAGCUCCUGUCUCUUGCAUUUCCGGUUGGUAUUUUCUCAUCUUGAAUUUUGCCAGUUCACACAAGUCUGUGUCUCAAGACAAGGCUCACCUUCUCCCAGAUUCAGUUAGUUUGUUCCUCUUGCUGAUGAUUGCCGUGUAAAGAAGAAGAAAAAAAGAAAAUCUAAUGAUUUUCUUUUGGCACUGUUCCUCAUCUCUUGUGGAAUAUGAGUGAUUUUGUUAACUCCAAGGAAAGAGUAAGCUCAGUCUCCUAGAGGUGGCAAGAUUCUGUUCCUGAGCAUCACAGGGAUGUAGAGAAUAGCUGACGUUUGCUAAGAUAAACUCUUUUAAGUAUGACACUGUUGCUUUAUUUUUCCCCCCAGUCUGCAUGGUGAAAAGAACUCUUCAUUUCGCUGAGGUGAAAAGUGGGUCUGUGAGUGGAGCGACUUUCUUAAAAAAAAAAAAUCAGAAACCAAUUACUUGAUAUGCAGAACUGCAAGCUUCAUUCUCUUAACGAAAUCAGUGCAGUGUGCACCGCCGUUAACCUGAAGAAAGCCGCUGACAGCUCUUGAUUACGCUAGAGGUGGAAGGACCCAAACUUGCAGGAUCCCCCUCCCCCUCGAGAGGUUGUUAGUCCAGUCCUUUAGAGAGGUUCCUUUUGGCUCUCUGUCAUCACCAGGACGCUGGCAGGGAAUGUGUGUCAUGGUUACAAUAGAGUGUGGUAACAUAUAACAACCAUGAAAGCCCAGCGGGAAAGGCUACAGAUUCCGGGGCUGACCUUGGAGUAAGUAUUGUCUGUCUUUAAUAUUUUAAUGCUUUCUGCAUGGCACUAGCUUUCCGGGCGACCAAUAGCUAUUUAGCAUUUGUUUGUAGUGACAGCCUCAGAGCACUGCAGUGUGAGGUGGAAGAACAUGUCUUAAAUGCAUGGCAUUUGGUUUCAGCUAAUGUGCAAAGCCAGACCCAGCAUUUUGCAUUGCAGUCAGAGGAAAGCACUGCUGCAUAUUUAAAGUUACUAAGUAAACCUCAGUUCUGGAAACAUCUUAACAGCUCAUUGUGAAAGAAUGUCUCAGUAGGCCAUGGUGUAUCUGUCUUUUUCUCUUUCUCUCUUCCUGUUUGUUUAUCCUCAUGAUGUCUGUUUCUAAAGAAAGGUCUCUGUCUGCAUUGAAUAAUAGAAAACAUUACAGUGGAUUAGAGUGCAAGGGAAGGGUUAUUUGUGACAGUCAUUAGAUAUGAUCCAUGUUUUAUCAGUGCAACAGAAUAUUAAUGAACUGGAGUACAUUUAGAAUCCUCUCUGCAGAGUCUCCAGCCACUGCAUACAGUGUUUACCUAGUUGAGCUCUGUGUUUGCUUAGCUGUUUUUUUUUUAACCCAUUAACUCAUCUCACUGCCUUCUGAUUUGAUGUAGCUAUGUGAAAAUGUCCACAUCUAAUUUGUGGCGCAGAAGUUAGACAUCUGGGAUGCAGGAAGUGUCAGCAAAUUUUUAUUUUAAAUCUGUUAGUUAAAGAUGCAGAAGCUGUGGGUUAGUGUGUGCUUGUAGAUUUAAAAUAAUAAAUAGUAAAUUAUAAAUCUCAUAGAAAAAUAUAAAUAUCCCUUUUUCUCAUUUACAACACAGAUACGAUACUAUAUUUUCGUGAAAUCUGUACAGUCCCUAUGAUCUUAUACUGGGCUACCUUCAGGAAGAGACUGCAGGAAGAGAGAUGUGCCCAGUUCCAAGUAUUAAUUAUUCCUCUUGAAUUCUAUAGAUGCAUCACAUGAGAGGAAUUAAUAAGAAUUAAUAAUUAAAUUAACAAACUUAUAAAAGCACAACAUUCUGAAAUGAAUACUUUUUAAAUCAAUCCUUGCUCCAAAACUGUGCACUGAUUUUACACUAAUGAGGAUCUCACUUAUGAAAAGUUAGAGGGCUUUUAGAACCUUCUUGGUAGAUGUGACAUUCAUCAUAAUAUAGAUACAGACAUUAUUUACCCUUCGCCAUUGGUUUUUCUCAUCUUCAACCUCGCCCUAGCAUUCAACCCUUGCUAUCCGUGUGGAAUAUUUGGGUCAUCUAUGCUUCUUCCACUUCCUCUUCCUCUCCCUUACUCUCUGGAGACCCACCUGAGAGAGCCAUAGUUCUGUAUUAAGACCCAGGAGCAUUAACCCCAGAUUGGCUUUUACCUCCAGUUUUUGUGCCACUUCCUUGAUUUCUUCAGACUGACUUAGUAGAUAUCAGUUCAUCUUCAUCCUUUACUUUUAUUUUGAGUAUCUCAUCCACAUUAAGAGGAUCAUGAGACAUUAUAGUUCUUCUUUUGUACAAUACAAAUUUAGUAUAGCAGGCAUUCCAUUUUAUAAUGUGAAAGAUUGAGGUUUGCUACAGGUUUCAUGACUUUGCCAAUGGUGACAGGACAAAGGAGUCAGCUAACACAAGGGUUGCUUGGAUUUUGAUUUGUUAUCCGACCACUCCCCCUUGGUUUAGCCUCAGCCCUGGUAGAUAUAAUUGUUAAAUUAGAAGAGCAUACACAGUAGAAUAGAGGAUCACUCUUACAUGUACUAUUAGCAUGUGAUUUACUUUGAACACUUUGUUUACCUUGAAAUGUAAAAUUACUCUUAAGUAAGCAUAGCUAAAGUUGCAUUCAUUCAUGAAGCUAGUCUUUGAGUAAAUUUAGCUUCUUACCACUGCAGAGAAUUGUUACAAUGAGAAGUCUUAUCACUGAUUUUAUUAAAGGCAGAUUUAAUAUACAUAAUUUUAGUUGUUUAGGGACCUUAUAAAAGGGCCCUAACUCACAGACCAAAUGUCUAGAAUAGUUUUUGGAUGUUCCCUCUUGAGACAUUAUAGUUUUUCUUUCAAGAGAGUUGAUUCCAUAGGCACAGAAGCUAUGGAUCAUUCAUUACAUGAGCAUAUUUAAUACUCUGUAGAUGCAAUUCAGAAUUUCCCAUCUCUGUUAUCAAUGACAUGGGGUAGUUACUGAUUCCUAUUUCAGAAUGGAAAUCCUAGACCUGAGAUACCACAUAAACAGGUAUUUCAGAAAUUAACGAGUCAUUAAUUUAUGACAUCUAUGUGCCUCUGCCUGGCUUUCCAAUUUCUGGAAAAAAGAAUGUCAUUGUGUCUUUCCUUUGUUCUUUUUACUUUUUCUGUGUUUAAUGUAAGCAUAUUUUGCUUCAUAGAUACUUCUUAGCACAUGCGUUUUCCGCUUGGAGACAGGGAGUGGCGUCAGUACCUAUGAGUGUCUGUUUUAGGACUGGAAAGGAUAGAUAAGACUGUACAGUACUUAGAUAAAAGGACAGACAUAUCAUUGGACAUCCUGAGAACUUUCCAAUGAGCUGUUAAGUUUGAGUACUAUUAAGUUUACCUCCUUCAACUAAGGAGGUCAAUUCCUUAGUUUGCCAAGUACUGGCACUAAACCAGAGAAUGACUUAAAAAGUUAUCAAACUUUUUGAAAUACCUUAUUAAGUAAAGUAAAGUGUUUUGAGCAAAAAUAUUAUGAUACAUUUUAAGACAAACACAGCCAACUCUCAAUUAUCCAUAUAAAGGGAGAUAACGAUAGCAUUAAGAAUUUGCAAAUGAUAGUAAACCCAGAUUUUAGUUUGGUCGCUGUUGCCAAUGCUCUGUGGCAGUGAAGGACACAGUCAGGUUGAAAUAGCCACUGUAGCUCUAUUCUAUGUCUGUUCUCUAAGAUAAGAAAGCAUAGUGUGAUGUGGAGUCAGAAUGUUCUAUUAGAAGCACACUGCACUGUAACACAAGUAUCCAUUACUUACUUCACCCUCAAAGUUGGAAGCAGAAUACCUAACUAUUUCUUAGUUUUAUUCUUCCAGGUAAAAAUAGUUGGGAAUUCACUAGUAUCAAAUUUAUACUUUGAUAAAUCUGUUGACAAAAUUCCAGUAAGUAAGGAACCUAAUUUAAGUUAACAAAGAGGAGAUAUGGGGCCAAAAGAAAAAAAGUAAUGAGCUCUAUUCCAACCACCCUGAGAUGAAUAUUUGAGAGUUGGUUGCUGAAUAUGCUUGGUGGUUGGGAUGAAUUAGUGCAGGAAUUACAGUGGUUCAUUGAUAGUUGAAUUUGUAAAAACAUCUCUAGAAAGUAAAACAAUUCAUAGCUACAUAUAGGAAUUUUAAGUAUUUACUAUAAGUAUCAGCAUAAGCAGAAUCUUGUAUCAUCACUCCUGAGGAUUAAAAAAAAAAAUUAUGUUGGGUCUUUAUUAUAAGGAAGACCCACUUUUCCCUGCAAGGUACUAAAUAUAUCUAUUUUAUAUGAAAAUAUUAGUUACUUUGCUUUUUAAAACUACAGUAUAUUUAAGCCAAAUCUUUAUUUUCAUUGCCUGCUAACCUCUUUAGUUCUGCUAUGGAUUUACUGGAAGAGAGUAUACCCAAUAUAAAACGGAUCUGGAUUUUCUUUGAUGCAAAAAUCACAUGUCCAACGUAUCUGCCAAGUUGCUUUGUGACAAAGAAAAGGCUCAAAUAAAAAUGGCAGCUGUAGUUUUUAAAAUGUAAAUUUCAGCAGGAAGCCUUUAACUUGUUCUGUAUUUUAGAGCUGAAAAAGGGCAAGUGAUUAGAUGAUGACCUUAGUCAUAUUGAUAAUCAUGCCAUAGUGAUUCUGGCUUAAAGGGAACACAGUCCCUUCAAUGUGCUGUGCUAUUUUUGAUGCAAUCAUUUCUCCCACUUGGAAUGACAUUAUUUUAACUUUCAGUCUCACUCCAAGGAGCCUGAGUCCAACCCCAUCCAGCCCAGGCAGUCCUUGUAGUCCUCUCUUCGCUUUUCACUUUUGGAGUUGCCGAACAAGCAACCGGAAAAGCUUGAUAGGCAAUGGACAGUCACCAGCAUUGCCUAGACCACACUCGCCUCUCUCUGCUCAUGCAGGAAAUAGCCCUCAAGAUAGUCCAAGAAAUUUCUCCCCCAGUGCCUCAGCCCAUUUUUCAUUUGCACGGAGGUCUGAUGGACGCCGCUGGUCCUUGGCUUCCCUCCCCUCCUCUGGCUAUGGGACAAACACACCCAGUUCUACUGUCUCUUCAUCCUGCUCCUCCCAGGAGAAGUUGCAUCAGUUACCAUACCAACCAACGCCAGAUGAAUUACACUUCUUAUCGAAACAUUUUUGUACCACUGAAAGCAUUGCCACUGAGAACAGAUGCAGGAACACACCCAUGCGCCCCCGUUCCCGGAGUCUCAGCCCUGGACGUUCCCCCGCCUGCUGUGACCAUGAAAUAAUUAUGAUGAACCAUGUCUACAAAGAAAGGUUCCCAAAGGCUACAGCUCAGAUGGAAGAACGUCUAAAGGAAAUUAUCACCAGCUACUCCCCUGACAACGUUCUUCCCCUAGCAGAUGGAGUGCUUAGUUUCACUCACCAUCAGAUUAUUGAACUGGCUCGAGAUUGUUUGGAUAAAUCCCACCAGGGUCUCAUCACCUCACGAUACUUCCUUGAAUUGCAACACAAAUUAGAUAAGUUGCUACAGGAGGCUCAUGAUCGUUCAGAAAGUGGAGAAUUGGCAUUUAUUAAACAGCUAGUCCGAAAAAUUCUAAUUGUUAUUGCCCGCCCUGCUCGGUUAUUGGAGUGCCUGGAAUUUGAUCCUGAAGAAUUUUAUUACCUAUUAGAAGCAGCAGAAGGCCAUGCAAAAGAAGGACAGGGUAUCAAAACUGACAUCCCCAGGUACAUCAUCAGCCAGCUGGGUCUCAAUAAGGAUCCUCUGGAAGAAAUGGCUCAGUUGGGGAACUACGAUAGUGGGACAGCAGAAACACCAGAAACAGAUGAGUCAGUGGGUAGCUCUAAUGCUUCCCUGAAACUUCGAAGGAAACCUCGAGAAAGUGAUUUUGAAACAAUUAAAUUGAUUAGUAAUGGAGCCUAUGGGGCAGUCUACUUUGUUCGACAUAAGGAGUCCCGGCAGAGGUUUGCCAUGAAGAAGAUUAAUAAACAGAACCUCAUCCUUCGAAACCAGAUCCAGCAGGCCUUUGUGGAACGUGACAUCCUAACCUUUGCAGAAAACCCCUUUGUUGUAAGCAUGUAUUGCUCCUUUGAAACAAGGCGCCACUUGUGCAUGGUCAUGGAAUACGUGGAAGGGGGAGACUGUGCUACCUUAAUGAAAAACAUGGGUCCUCUCCCUGUUGAUAUGGCCAGGAUGUACUUUGCUGAGACUGUCUUGGCCUUGGAAUAUCUACAUAAUUAUGGGAUUGUACACAGGGAUUUGAAACCAGAUAACUUGUUGGUCACCUCCAUGGGGCACAUAAAGCUGACAGAUUUUGGUUUAUCUAAGGUGGGACUAAUGAGCAUGACUACCAAUCUUUAUGAGGGUCAUAUUGAGAAGGAUGCUCGAGAGUUCCUGGAUAAACAGGUCUGUGGCACACCUGAAUACAUCGCCCCAGAAGUGAUUCUGAGGCAGGGCUAUGGGAAGCCAGUGGACUGGUGGGCCAUGGGGAUAAUCCUCUAUGAAUUUCUGGUUGGAUGUGUGCCAUUCUUUGGGGAUACUCCAGAAGAGCUAUUUGGACAAGUCAUCAGUGAUGAAAUCAAUUGGCCUGAGAAGGAUGAGGCCCCACCACCAGAUGCCCAGGAUCUAAUCACUCUGCUUCUCAGGCAGAAUCCUCUGGAAAGGCUGGGUACAGGUGGUGCAUACGAAGUCAAGCAGCAUCGUUUCUUCCGUUCUUUAGACUGGAACAGUUUGCUGAGACAGAAGGCAGAAUUUAUUCCCCAACUGGAAUCUGAGGAUGACACAAGUUAUUUUGAUACUCGGUCAGAGAAGUAUCAUCAUAUGGAAACUGAAGAAGAAGAUGAUACUAAUGAUGAAGAUUUUAAUGUGGAGAUAAGGCAGUUCUCCUCAUGUUCACACAGGUUUUCAAAAGUCUUUAGCAGUAUAGAUCGAAUAACUCAGAAUUCAGGAGAAGAAAAAGAAGACUCUGGGGACAAAACCAAAAGCACAACCUUGCCAUCCACGGAAACGUUAAGCUGGAGUUCAGAAUAUUCUGAAGUGCAACAGUUAUCGACAUCCAACUCUUCAGAUACUGAAAGCAACAGACAUAAACUCAGUUCUGGUCUACUUCCCAAACUGGCAAUUUCAGCAGAGGGAGAACAAGAUGAAGCCACUCCCUGUCCUGGAGACCCUCAUGAGGAGCCUGAGAAGCCAGCCCUUCCUCCUGAAGAGUGUGCUCAGGAGGAACCUGAGGUCACCACCCCAGCCAGCACCAUCAGCAGCUCCACCCUGUCAGUUGGCAGUUUUUCAGAGCACUUGGAUCAGAUAAAUGGACGAAGCGAGUGUGUGGACAGUACAGAUAAUUCCUCAAAGCCAUCCAGUGAACCCGCCUCUCACAUGGCUCGGCAGCGAUUAGAAAGCACAGAAAAAAAGAAAAUCUCGGGGAAAGUCACAAAGUCCCUUUCUGCCAGUGCUCUGUCCCUCAUGAUUCCAGGAGAUAUGUUUGCUGUCUCUCCACUGGGAAGUCCAAUGUCUCCCCACUCCUUGUCAUCGGAUCCUUCUUCUUCACGAGAUUCUUCUCCCAGUCGAGACUCUUCUUCAACAGCUGCUGCGAGUCCCCAUCAGCCCAUUGUGAUCCACAGUUCAGGGAAGAACUAUGGUUUCACCAUCCGAGCCAUCCGGGUGUACGUGGGAGACAGUGACAUCUAUACAGUGCACCAUAUCGUUUGGAAUGUAGAAGAAGGAAGUCCAGCAUACCAGGCAGGACUAAAGGCUGGGGAUCUGAUCACACACAUCAAUGGAGAGCCAGUGCAUGGACUUGUUCACACAGAAGUUAUAGAGCUCCUGCUGAAGAGUGGAAAUAAGGUGUCAAUCACCACUACCCCAUUUGAAAACACAUCAAUCAAAACAGGACCAGCCAGGAGAAACAGCUAUAAGAGCCGGAUGGUGAGGCGGAGCAAGAAGUCUAAGAAGAAGGAAAGUCUAGAAAGGAGGAGAUCUCUUUUCAAAAAGCUAGCCAAACAGCCUUCUCCUUUACUCCACACCAGUCGAAGUUUCUCCUGCUUGAACCGGUCCCUGUCAUCCGGAGAGAGCCUCCCAGGUUCCCCCACUCACAGCUUGUCUCCUCGAUCUCCCACACCCAGCUAUCGCUCCACCCCUGACUUUCCAUCUGGUACUAAUUCCUCCCAGAGCAGCUCCCCAAGUUCUAGUGCCCCCAAUUCCCCAGCCGGGUCAGGGCACAUCCGCCCCAGCACCCUCCACGGCCUGGCCCCCAAACUCAGUGGGCAGAGGUACCGCUCCGGAAGAAGAAAGUCAGCCGGCAGCAUUCCACUCUCCCCGCUGGCCCGGACACCCUCUCCAACGCCCCAGCCCACCUCCCCACAACGCUCACCAUCCCCAUUAUUGGGACACUCACUUGGCAAUACCAAGAUUGCACAAGCCUUUCCCAGCAAGAUGCACUCCCCCCCCACCAUUGUCAGACACAUUGUGAGGCCCAAGAGUGCUGAGCCCCCACGGUCACCGCUGCUCAAGCGUGUGCAGUCCGAGGAAAAGUUGUCACCUUCCUAUGGCAGUGACAAAAAGCACCUGUGCUCCCGCAAACACAGUCUGGAAGUGACCCAGGAGGAGGUGCAGAGGGAGCAGUCCCAGCGGGAGGCAACUCUACAGAGCCUGGAGGAGAACGUGUGCGAUGCCCCGUCCCUAAGUCGUGCCCGGCCAGUGGAGCAAGGCUGCCUAAAACGCCCGGUCUCCAGGAAGCUGGGUCGGCAGGAGUCUGUGGACGACGUGGACCGAGACAAACUGAAGUCCAAGGUGACAGUGAAGAAACCAGAUGGCCUCCCAGAAAAGCCUGAAUCCCAUCAGAAACCCCAUGGUCUCAGCAGUGAUGCAGAAAAUCACGCUCUCUUUAGGCUAGAGGAGAGAGAGAAGAAAGUCUACCCCAAGCCUUUAGAAAGGUCAAGUCAUUUUGAAAACAAAGCAGCAGAGGCCCAGUCUCUGGGCAACCGGCUGAAAGAUGUUCUCCACAAGCAGGCCAGUGUGCGGGCCACUGAGGGGAUGGCCUCCGAAGGGACAGCAGCUGCCUGUGGCCCAGCACCAGGGGAGCACAACCAGGGCAUGGGUGAUUUCAAAAGGGCCUCUGCUCCCAGCACCCUCCAGGACAGUCUCUGUCGCUCCCCUGACAGGUCCACCUCUGGGAAGGGUGAAAACACAGAGAAGACCUCCCAGGCCAAGGAGUUCCUCCGAAGUGAGAAGUUAGACAGUAAACUGGCCAAUAUUGAUUACCUCCGAAAGAAAAUGUCACUUGAAGACAAAGAAGAUGGCCACUGCUCCAUGCUGAAGCCCAAGAUAACAUCUAGCACCCAUGAAUGCCUGCCAGGGAACCCAGUCCGACCCAUGGGUGGGCAGCAGGAGGCCCCACCUGGCUCUGAGAGCCGAGCAUUUAUGAGCAGCACCCACACAACUCAGAUGAGCACCGUCUCCUUUGUUCCUCUCAAGACCUUAGCUGGCCGGGUGGAUGGUGGAGCAGAGAAGUCAGGUUUGGUUGCUCCUGAGUCCCCUGUCAGGAAAAGCCCCUCUGAGUAUAAGCUGGAGGGUCGGUCAGUUUCAUGCCUGAAGCCCAUUGAGGGUACACUGGACAUUGCUCUUCUGUCUGGGCCCCAUGCCUCUAAGACAGAGCAGCCAUCACCAGAGCCUACACAGAGUCCCAGCCCUGGUGGUGACAUGGCACCCUCUGUGCCACUACCUCUUCCUGGCAGUAGUGGGAAGAAGAGUGAAACCUCCAGCCUGAGAGAGCCUUCCCCUGCCAGCUUAAAGAUGAAUAAAGCCUACCUGCUCGAGCCUCGGUUCCUGCCCCCCAGCCGGGGUCUCCAGAACUCACCAGCAGCUUCCCUGCCCGACCCAGAGCUAAAGAGAGACAGAAAAGUUUCCCAUCCUGCUGCCAGGAGCCCAUUGACAGUCAUGGAAAACGAUUCCCAGCAGAGAGUGUGUGGCCCCACUAAACACCAAGACUGUGCUACUGACACCAAGGUCAUCCCUGGCCUGGGACAGACACAGCAUUGCAAUGACCAGGCUCGGCCAUGUGGCCCUCUCCCAUCUGAAGGGGCCCCCUCAAAGGAAAAGGCAAACCUAAAAGAUCCAUCUGAAAAGGGACCCUCCACAGGGAGGAGUGAGCGUUCUGCCUUGAGAGCGGAUGUGCACAGAGACCCCAUUGUGGAACUGUAUCCUCUAGAGACUGCUAAAGCCAAUGACAACUGCAAAAAUCUCCCUUCUGUGGGAAGGACCCACCCAGAUGCUAGUAGUACACAGGCCCAGACCCCGGAGAAACCGUGGGGACCUUGUGCAAAGAUAUACCACAGAGAUGGCCAAGGUGAGGCAAGGUCCCUGAUCAGAGAGGACUCUUCCUUGAACUCUGCUAGAAUUCCUUGUGAAAGGGAGGUGGGCAAGAUAAGAAGUAGCAUGGAACCCAAGCCUGAAGCCCCCCCUACCAAGUGUCCCCUACAGCCACUCGGAAUUGAGAGUAGGAAAACUGAAAAGCUCCCCAGUUUCUCCUCUUUGCAGAAAGAGGGUUCCAAGGAGCCUGACAGGAAAGAGCAGCCUCUACAAAGGCAUGUGAGCAGUGAUUCUCAGCACCCCCUGACCACCAAAGACCUGUCCGGCCCGGCCUCUCGGCAGCACUGCAGUUCCUCAAGCCUUGGUCCCCAAGGGACCAAGCCAGGUGUGGCAGAACCUGCAGCAGCCUUCCAGGAUCCUCCUAGGCCUUCUGUUGCUGUGCACAGUGAGAGCAGUGACCACAAUCUCCGACCUGGCCCUGACCCCGGCCCUUCAAAGUCCAAGCACCCAGACAGGUCCCUCUCCUCACAGAAAUCAAGUGUUGUCACUGCAAAGGGCAAAGAGCCUGUCACUCAGCCCCUCAGUGGCUCUAGCAGAGAGGGAAGGAGCAAUAGUAAAGGUGGAUUGGAUGUGUUCACUGCCAUCCCAGGCUCCCAGAGCAAAGCUAACGAGGUGGGUGGUGGGGGAGAAAGUGUGCCCUUCAACCCACUGCACACUGAAGAGAGUCCUUUUGAUCCCAAACUGAAACCCAGCAGUGGGCAUGGCCCAGAGAUGCAGGAGAAGCAGCUGCAUUUGCCAAGGCCAGGACACCCAGGCUUCAGCGAGUCAGUAGACCAUAAACCUCCCAUUGUCAGUGAAAAGCAAAGCCUGUCUCCAAAGCACCCCAAACCAUCCACUGUGAAAGACUGUCCCCCUCUGUGCAGACAGACAGACAGAAGCCCAAGUCAGCAGGUCCCCGCUGCAGACAGGAAGCCAGAAGGGAAGAAAUGCACAGAAGCACUUUAUGUUCCUGCGGCAGACAGCGGGAAGCUGGAGGCCAGCCUUUCCCUAGCUCAUGGUGAGGCCCGGCUGAAAGGCACAGAGAAGCCAGGUGCAACGGUGGGAAAGGGCUCCUCAGAGGCCAAGGGGAAGGGACCUGGUCCCCAGAAGACCCUGCCUGAGGCUGGCAAGCUCAGCAGCAUGAAACGGUCACCCUCGGCCACUGGGCAGAGUUCUUUCCGAUCCUCUGCCCUCCCAGAGAAGUCUCUGAGCUACUCCUCCAGCUUCCCCGAGGCCCGGCCUGGAGUUCGAGAUGCUGCCACGGCCAGCAGCAGCCCCUCUUCUGCCAAGUCCAAUGGGGCCGCACUUGAGCCUACAGCCCCCAGCAACAGGGACCACAGGAAGUCCCAGUCUGGGGCAGAUGGCAGAACCCAAAUGACAAAGAGUGACUCUUUGCCAUCCUUCCGCCUCACCACCUCUACUCUGGAGUCACAGCACUCAGAUUCACAGGGGCUGAGCGGAGUAGGCCACAGGGACAGAGCGCUCUCGGUCACCGCUGCCACAGGAGAAACCAAAGGUCGAGAGCCUGCCCCCGCCCAGCCUCUCCCCACUAGGAAACAGAAUGUGGGCAGGGAGGCAAUCAAGGCACCCCAAGCCCCAAACUCUGAUCGCCUCAUCACCCUUUCUUCAGAGAAGGACUUUGUGGUGCGGCAGAGACGGGGCAAAGAGAGUUUGCGUAGCAGCCCUCACAAAAAAGCCUCCUAACUGGGCAGGCCCCAGAGCAGGAUUGUGGAGACCCCACCUGAAUGUGUAACUGUGUCUUGACCACCUUCGAAACCAGCACUGUGUGGGAAUGUCCGCCAGGCAGAGCUUAGAGCCUCACUGAGAAGGAGUGGGAGAGAGAGAGGGAACCUUCUUCCAGAUGCCUUCCUAGUUGGAACCGGUAGAACUGUUGCCAGAUGGUAUUUGUACAAAAAAGAAGUAAUACCUUUACAGCUAAGGAUUGUUGAGGAAAGAGAUUUUUCUCUGUAAAUAUCUAGCAAUGUGUUUGGUUUGGGAUGUAGAGUCUAUACCUUGCUGCUGAUUGCAUUGUUUAUUACAGCUUUUUAAAAUUAAGAUCUUUGCUUUACCACUUAUCAUAAUGUAGUAAUGAAGCAGAAUGGUCAGAACUGGGUGUGUGUAAAAAUAGAUACAUCCAUAUUCAUGUAUGUACACAUCCACCCACAUGUUUUGGUCUGUGGUUUGAGAAUAUUUCAAGGCUCUGUUUUUAUAAGUAGUUAAAGAUGAAAGAAAGCCCUAAAUACAGUAGAUUGUGAGUUUUUAAAUGUGUAUUUUUAAACCAGUUUCUGAUAGUACUGGAUCUGGCUACCUGUAUUUCCAGUUCUAAAGCAAGAGCACUCUGAUUGCUGCAUUUGGAAUCCUCCAUUAUGAAUGGUCAGGACAAAUGAAGCUAGCCAUUUUCCUUUCUCAGUCAUCCUAGUAGACAUUUUAAUCCUUAGGUCCUGCUGUCCAAAAGGCCAGUUGUUCUUGUCUGUCAGUUAUAUGUCUGGUCUUCUUUGGUGGUAGAGCAGGGACUAUAAACAUAUCACCUUUGUUUCUGUUCUUUCUUUCCUUUCUUUUCAAACGGUUUCACUCAGGCCUUUGUGCUAUGAGUGACUAGUCCAAGAAGCACACAUUUUGUGGUAGUCCUGCACCAACCCUGCUCUUGAAUAAAAAAAAUAAAAUAACUGGCUGCACACAAAUCUGCUGGUACUUAGGUCAAGUGAUAAGCAUCAGGCAUUGGAAGAGGUUUUAAAUUUGCUUUUUUGAGGAAAAGAAGGGGGGGAGUUGGAUUUUGGCAUCAUAGCAUAUAUAUUAAGGAAUAAUCAGGACAUCAGAUACAUUUUAAUACAUAGCUGGGGCCUUAUGUUGUAGAUGAAGCUUGCUGUUUUUAGCAAGUUCCUGGGUUUCACAUUCAUUUCUGAUGCAUCGAAUAGCUCCAUGUAUUUCAUAACAUGAACUCUCUAUUUGUAUGCAAAAACUACUGUAUUAAUAAAGAGCAGCAUUUUUGUAACAAAAGAGACUUAGUGGAGCUAUUUGGUGCUUGAAUGUGAUCAUCCUUUUUACUUUUGCUAAGCCUUAUUUAAAUUUUGUAUACCAUGAAAUAUGUAGAAUUUGUCAAAUCAUUUAAGUGCUGAGGGGUUUUGAUUUUUUUUUGCUGAAGUUUUUUGGUGGCUUGUUUUGAAUUGUGAGAUGGCACUUGCUGACAUAAGUACUAAGGCACUGAGAGACAAUGCAGAUAAGUAUUUAUAAGAUGCUUGGGACACAUUGCAGGAGUUUUGGUUUUGUAAGAUGAAAAAUUUACCAAUAAAUGACUAACCUAGCCCCAAAUCCCCUUGGGAUGUCUUAGUAGCUUUAUGCUAUAAAAUUGUUUAUGUAAUCACAGCAUCAUUGUACAGCCCUAUAGAUUGUAAAUCAUCUAGCAAGGCUGUAAGCACUCCAUAAACAAAGGUAUAACAACCUACUACUCAGUUGUCCUUUGUUGUAAAGUGAGUUGCAAUGACAGGAAAAAAAAAGUUUCCUCUUUGCCCCUGUUUUUUUCCAUGUAGUUUUAGCCAUUCCCCAUCACUACAUGUUGAAAUGUAGAAAAAAAAAUAUUUUUUACAAGAACUUAAAAGAAUUUGAAAGUGGUCUCAAAGCUUUUAAUACAUAUGUUUGGCAGUUGUCAGAACCUGAUCCUUCUACACUCAGACAUCAAUCCAGGUCUGUCCAGGAGGUAGUUCAUGGUUUACAGCCUUUGCUUUUUAACUGUCCAGUUUUCUUUAAAGCACAAUUAGCUGCUUGUUUACAAAGGAUAUUUUUAUGUAUAUUUUGUAUAGUGUAUUAUCAUUUUUGCCAAAUAUGUUUUUGCAUUUUGGAUGAGUAAAGAGUACUUAAGGUUGCAUUCAUGUAUUACCUGUUUGUUGUUGUGAAGCUCUCCAGUCAGCUGGUAGAAAUUCUCCUGUGUUCUCUUUGGUCAGUCUCUGUGUGAUUGUAAGAUGUGCUCCUCGGUAGUACUCCCAGCUGUAGACUUAACAGCUUAAAAGUUUGUUAGGAUCUGUGCAAUAAAGUGUUUGCAGUCUUAUUUUCUCUAAGAAAUUCCCCUGUGGAUGUCAUAAUUGUUGUAUAUUGAACAAAUAUUUAUACUUAUGCAGUUGCAUAAUAUUGAAUAAAAAUUUAGCAUGAAAAUAA